GGCGGCGCUCCGGGUCAUGCUCAGGCAUGUCGGGCCGGGCCGGGCCGGCGCGGGAGCUAAGCCCUGACUUGCCUCCUGCUGGCAGCGCUAUAUAAGGCCCGGCCCAGCCCGACUCGGCCCAGACAGCGCCGCUGGAGCCCGGCGCGUGGGCUGUACGGGACACCGAGGCAAAUGUGCAAUACCAAGAUGUCCUCCCUUACGGAUGCCUCCCCUGUCACCGGCUCGGAGCAAGAGGCGCUGGUUAAACCAAAGCCACUAUUGUUGAAGUUGUUAAAGUUAGCUGGUGCAGAAAAGGACACUUUUACUAUGAAGGAGGUAAUAUUCUAUCUUGGACAAUAUAUUAUGUCUAAACAAUUAUAUGAUGAAAAACAGCAGCAUAUUGUACACUGUGCAAAUGAUCUCCUGGGGGAUUUAUUUGGAGUAACAAGCUUUUCAGUAAAAGAACACAGGAGACUAUAUUCGAUGAUUUCCAGAAAUCUGAUAGCAAUCAAUCAACAAGACUCUACACUUGGUGGCACACCUGAGGAUGAUGCCAGAUCUCAGCUCGAAGAAGAAAAUGUUCUUAAGGAGUCUAUGCAAGAGUUAGAAGAGAAGCAGACUUCAUCAAACGUGACUUCUCGACCAACUACAUCUUCUAGGAGGAGGACACACAGUGAAUCUGAAGAAAAUUCUUCGGAUGAUCUGCAUAGUGACAGAAGAAAGCGACACAAGUCAGACAGCAUUUCGUUGACGUUUGAUGAAAGUCUCUCAUGGUGUGUAGUCAGUGGUCUGUGCCGGGAAAGAAGCAAUAGCAGUGAUUCAACAGAUUCUCUUUCCAUUCCCGAUCUUGACGCUAGUUCAUUAAGCGAAAAUUCUGAUUGGUUUGACCACAGUUCUGUUUCAGACCAGUUCAGUGUAGAGUUUGAAGUUGAGUCUAUUUAUUCAGAAGAUUACAGCCAUAAUGAAGAAGGGCAGGAGCUCACAGAUGAAGAUGAUGAGGUUUAUCAGCUUACUAUUUACCAGGAUGAAGAUAGUGAUGGCGAUUCAUUUGAUGAAGAUCCAGAGAUUUCUGUAGCUGAUUACUGGAAGUGUCCUGAAUGUAGCGAAAUGAAUCCUCCGCUUCCACGACAUUGCCACAGAUGCUGGGCCCUACGUGAGGAUUGGCUUCCAGAUGAAAAGAGUGAGAAAUUGGAAAAGAGCAAAUCAGAAGGUCCCUUCCCUGCAGAGUCUGAAGAAGGUUUUGAUGUUCCUGACUGCAAGAAAACAAAAAUGACUGAAGAUAAAGAACCAACUCUGAAUGAGAAUGAGGAGAAAGCAGUACAAAUUUCCGAGUCCCAGGAAAGUGAAGAUUAUUCCCAGCCGUCAACAUCAAGCAGCAUGUUUUGUAGCAGUCAGGAGGACUAUAAGGAACCUGAGAAGAGAGAAAUGCAAGACAAAGAGGAAAGCAUGGAAUCCAGUCUGCCUGUUACCAGCAUAGAGCCCUGUGUCAUAUGUCAGAGCAGACCUAAAAAUGGCUGCAUAGUACACGGCAAGACGGGACACCUCAUGUCAUGUUUUACGUGUGCAAAAAAGCUUAAGAAGAGGAACAAACCCUGCCCGGUGUGCAGGCAGCCCAUACAAAUGAUUGUACUAACUUAUUUUAGUUAGUUGGAUGUUGACUGGAAAGCUGCGAGAGAAACUAUUUUUGUAUGCUUAUUGGAAAAGUAGUAUUUUGGAUCUCUUUACGUUCGGUAUGAAAAAUAAUUGUUGGCAUAAAUGCACUGGAGUUGUUCAGAGGUUCGCACAAUAGUCAUAAAUCAACUUGGAGAUUUUGAAUCCUUGUCUGUAGAAAUAACCAAGUCCUGUAAAUCACCUGCCUCUCCAAGUGUUUAAUGUUCCAUGCAAGUUAGUGACAUUUCUUUUACUGGAUUAAAUACACACAUUAAAAAAUCCCAGUUCAGUGACUGUGAGAGGAGACACAUGUCGAAGCAGUCACUCAUGCAAGUUCCUCAUCUUGAGAAGGUAGAAGAUUCUUCAGGUUGCAGUAUUUGUUGCCUAGUGAAGACACCAGGCUCAAUCAGACCACGCUGAAUAAGUCAAUAAAAUAAAUAGUUUUGUCUUAAAUUCCUCCAAGUAGCCAAAUUAUGGGGGAGAUCUUAACAGGAAGUAGAGAAAAAUGUGAUAGAAAAUAAUUUAAGGCUUUGGAAAAAGAGAAGGGUAUUGUAUGUCUUUUGCAAUGCACGCUAUAAAAAUAAACAUCAGUAACAUGGGGACUGUACUUAAAAAGCUUAAUCUGUAAAAACCUUUGUCCAUUACACUGUCUCCCAUGUCUUUGGUUUUUCAGCAUGAUCCCUUCUCUGCAGUCACUACCAUGGCUGUGUAACUGCCAUGCAGGGGGAGCAGCUGCCCUUACCCAGUUCCUACUGGGGCAAAUUGUACCAUCCCACUCUUGUUAUUCUGUUCCAGUCAAUCCCCUUUAAUGAUCUCCAUACUUUAAAAAAAAAAAAAAAAUAAUUCAUCUCUCAGAAAGGCAUGUAUGGCCAGAGUGGUGAUUUUUGCUGUUCACAGUUGCUCACCUUUAGGUUUAUUCUUCAGAAGCAAUUUGCCUGUAACACUGUUUUGGCAAAAGAUAGUCUGAGAGCAUACAGCAUAAUUUCUUUUAUGCUUUAAAAUUUUACUUUCCUCAUGUAUCUUGUUGUGGAGAAUAGCCCAGGAAAUACCCUCCAAUCCACACAAUGGUGAGGAAAUGGGGAUUUUUGGUUUCUGCAUCCGCAAAUCACUCUGUCAAAUCUUUUUGCCUCGAGUCAGAUUUUCUGGCUUAAUAUUAUGCCUAAUGGGCUCUAGUACAACUAGAGUUUGCUUGGUUUGGGUGCAUGCCUUAGGAAUCGGGGAGUGAUGAGUAUUGGUGUCCGUUCUGGUUCCUGUUGGGGACACGGCAGCCAAGCGCGUGCCUGGGGCCCAGGGGUGUGUAGGUGACACACAGACCCCAGUGCUGUGGCCCUGACCCCACGCUGGAGCCCUUGGCUCUGCCUCCAGAGGGCAUGAGCUGUGACCACCCUGUUCAUUCUGGCCUGUAAGCACAUUGCUGGCCUUGGGCAGAGGCACAGAAGUCAGUAAAAUUUUGGUACAAAAGUUGACAGUUGUUGUUACUUUGAUGUUUGAGAUCCUUAUUUAAUAUCGCACACGUUUUAAUCUUUAAUUUAUUGCCAUUUGUAAAUAUUCUUGUGCUCACAGUUAAUGUUUUGAGUUUUAAUUUAUUGAAUUAGUCUACUGGUAUAUGCGUAGUCAUAUAAAUAUGCUUACUUAAGUAAAUCUCAAGAAAAAUAUUUAAGAAAUGUAGCAUUAAAAUACAGAGAAAUAUUCGGAUUUUAUUUAGAUUAAGAAGGCCACAGAAAGAUUUAUGGCUUUGCUUUCUUUUUUUUCUUCCCUUAAAACAACUUCUGUGUUGCACUCGAACAUUUAUUAGAGAUGGAGCUGGUGCAACAUGAGCACAGUGAGAAUAUUUUGAUGGAGUUUGUUUUCAGUAAUUUUCAGUAAUUGUCUUAGUCUCUUCCUUCUUACCCAUCAGAUAGACAAUAGUAAUAUAUAAAUGGUGCGAGAACUCUCAUUUUUUCUUUUUUAUAAAGUAUGAUAAACCUACUUAUUGUUUAAAUACAGCUCUUUAACUAUGUACCUAUUUGUUAGUAUUGAAAUUCAACUCUUGACCCAAGGAAGUGAAGUGCAAAGUGAGGUACUUGAGGCUGAAACCGAAGUAGCUGGGUGGGUGGUUGUAUUGAACAUUCACACUGCAAGGUGAUGCUUUUUACUGAGCAGCACCCCUUGAGUUGUGUCUGUGUUCCUAAGGAGCACGUGGGCAGAAAUGUGUGCCACGAGUGCUGUGCUGCACUGCGCCCAUCAGCAGGUUGAUUCCGAAAGGGUAAAAGCGUUUCAAAAUGUUAAUUGGUGAAAAGCGUUACAUCUGUUCUGAAAGUGUGGUACGAUUUUUAUCACUGAGUUCUGUUUGCUGUAAAUUUGUUCCAAUGUCGCUGUCUCCGUACUGUCUGUGUGGGUAUGAAGCCACAUGCAAGAUUUCAGGCAGACUUUUUCCCUUUAUUGACUAAGUUGAGGGGAAGAUAAUUCCUCGUUCUUACAGAAAGCGUCAAGGAUAAUUGUUUCAGAAAAUUGUCUUAUAAAAGAGAGAUUAGAAAAUUAUUAGAAGCAUGAUGAAACUGAAUAAAACAAAUCAAUAAUUAGGAUGAAUACAGCGAUGAAGACCUUUUCUUUGCCAUCUUAAUGUACAGCUGCUCUUGUGUUAAGGUGUAACUUUAGAGUUUAUAAUUUUAAAGCAGGUAAUUUAUCGAGAAUGUUAACUUGCCACACAUAUCGUGGGGCAGCAGUUAUCCCUUACCCUACAGUGCUUUGUUGUGCAACACUUGGCCUGAAAAGGGGCAUUUGCUGUUGAGGUGUUUCCCUGUGUGAUGGAGCAUUGGACAUGUGCAUGGACUCGUGGACAGGCAGAGCUCAUCCCUGUGCUGAGCUCUGUCAGCUGCUCUCAUGGCCGUUCUCAGGGCCAGCAAGUGGGUGCAGCGUGGAGGGGCUGCAGGGUCACUUCUGUACUUGCUGAAGCCCAUUCCGUAGUGUAGUUACACUUGUGCUCUCCUGCACACCCUGCGCCACCUCACACAGGGACUGCUUUGCUGGAGUAUCAGCCCUCUGGCUGGCAGGGUCUGCCUCUUCUGGGGGAUUACCUGCCCGGCUAAGGGGGCUUUUCUGGCACUCCAUACCUGAGUUAAAGGUUUAUCUUGAGUUGUUGUUUAAAGGUUGCACAAGCAAAACAAAACCUAGGCUUAAGGUGUCUUUUAGCAAUGUUAAAAUUGCACUUAGUGAAUGUGAAAACUUGUUGCUUUUAACUAUAGUGUGUCCCUUUUUUUUUUUAUAUUAUUUUUAGCACAGGUGCACUGAAAGCUUCAAGUGAAUGCCUCUCUAGUGUAUCUGUAUCUAUAUUCUACAUGUAAAAUUGGUCAUACUUAAAAGGUGUUGUCUCACCUUUUGAGUAAAUAUUGCUUUAGCUUAACAGCCUGAUUUUAAAGGACACUUCUUGGUUGUGAGCCAAAUUAUUGGCUAUCUACAUGAUGAUUACUUAACACCUAAAAUACCAAUAGCUUUUCUAAAAUCAAAAUCUUUGUUGUCUGACUACACAUAGCUGGAAUUACUGUUAAACAGAGUAGUUCAUAGUGAAUUGAAAUAACUAUGCAAUAUUGCCACUAUUCCUAGAUGAAGAUGCUUUCAAGAGCUUGUAAUGAUGUGUACCUUCUGGCUACCCAGUACAAUCACAAUCAGUAACCACUGAAAUACAAGUAUCCACUCCACUUGCACAGUGCAUAGAUCCCUUUAUGAGAACUUUCAUGCAUGUUGCAUUUAUCUUUUGGUUUUCAGUUGUUCUUUUUCUAGGGAAACUGAGUACUGUGUUCCAUUUAAAAGCUUUAAAUAAAGAUUUCUUUAUAUACUC